AAUAUCUCUAUUUUGAAAAAUUGUGGACUUGGGGCCCCUUUUGAACUAACAGAUUCAAUUUUCAGAAUAGAAUAAAGUUCUAUUGAUCCCACAAAGUUAAGAGAAAAAUCAUAAAAUGAUUGAAAAUAUUUUAUAAAACCAGAUGAUUAAUAGAGGCGGACAUGUCCAUAUGCUCAGCGUCAUCAGUGACGAGGAGAAUUGAUGUUCUCCAUCAGUUUGGGUCUCCUGCAGUCAACAAAACCUCCGCUCUGUCUGGGAGGUCUUUGGAUCACAUUAAACCGGUCUGCUGAGUCAUCACAAUCUUAAUGAGUAAUGAUCAAACUAUAUCUUAUUCUACUUAAGGAGUCCUUUUGUGUGCAUGUGAAAACUGAAUAUAUAAAAAAACUGAAUUUUGCCUGAGUUAAAAAAAAAAAAAAUUCUAUUAGACUACCGGUAAACAUAACUAGAUAUUUGAAAUUGAUAAUUAUGCACAAAGGGAAGUUACCAAGUAAACCUUUCACAUGCAUUUCUCAUUCUCUCUUCUACAGGUUUGGUGAGAAAUGAGGUCUCAACUGAGCUCACUUCAACUGUCAUUACUUUCAACAUGAUGAUUGUCUUCAAUCUGAAAACUCUCACUACUGAUAAUAGAUCAGAUUUGCGUCAAAUGUGAACGCUGAGUGUAGACUCUAGAUAAAAGACGCAAAUGGCUGCUCAGUCACAAAGAAUGGCUAAUGCAAAAAAACAUUUCAUCGGUAAUGUCCAAGAUAUCUCUAUUAAUCAGGGGAGGAAAGGACAGGAUUGUUUACAUUUUUCUCCAAGCUACACAGCUUUUCAUGCUUUAUUUUUGCUUUUUUUUUAGGUUACAUGUUGGAUUACAGACUCCAACAUUCCCAUUGUUAUGACUGAUCUUUGUAAUGUUUCACUAUGUUUCACAACUUAAAUGGUUGUGUUUUAGUUUACAACGAGUUUAAUAGUUAAAGUUGUCCUCUAGAUGGAGACAUUUAGCUUUAGGGACACUUUAGGGUUUUAUUUUGAAAAACCAACAUUCAACCGGAAGUACUUACUGUUUACCUCCCGUUUCAGACUGGGGGAAGUUCUAGUUCAUUUGCUUUCUCGUGUGAUAUUUUUCUUUUAUCCAAAUACAAUGCAGAUCUGCAGCGUUUGCAAAGAACAGACACACAAAUACAGAUGUCCAGUCUGCAGAACUCGAUAUUUUGUGACUCUUACAGUUGUUCACUCGACUGCUACAAGAAACACAAAGACAUUUGCCUUCCAGCUGAGCGGACUACACCUCUAAACUAUGACUGCAAAGAUUCUGUCAGCACUGCACCUGUGGAGCCAUGGAGCGUUGAGGACCUUCUUAACGGAGACAACAUCAUAGACAAAGUUCCCCUGCAGAAGCUCCAGCUGUUAGGUCAAUCGAAAGAACUGUGUGAUCUUCUCUGCAACCCUCACCUGAGAAGGCUGCUGCGCUCCGUCGACAGCGCAGAGAACAAAGACGCCGCCAUGAGAGCAGCCAUGCAGGAGCCUCUGUUCACCGAAUUUUCUGAUCAGUGCUUGAAAAUAGUUGAAAAUGAGCCUGAAGGCCGAACAGAAAGCGACAACUUCUAAAAUGAUCGUUUAUUGCAUAAACUUGCAGGAUUUUUCUUUUGUAAUGCACAUUUUUAUAUUAAAAUCAUCUUUCAAAAGACGUCAUUUACGCA